GAACCAAAUGAUUUGAUGUUUAUAAAGAAUUUAGGACAAAGUCUGAGCCCCGCCCCGCCGAAGCCUGUCUGCAGAAUCCGCAGCAACCAGCACCACGCCCAUGACACUGGGCUGCCCUACUUGAUUGAUGGGACUCACAAGAUCACCCAGAGCAACGCCAUCAUGCGCUACAUUGCCCACAAGCACAACCUGUGUGGGGAGACCGAAAAGGAGAAGAUUCGGGAAGACGUUUUGGAGAACCAGCUUAUGGACAACCGCAUGCAGCUGGCCAGACUCUGCUAUGACCCAGAUUUUGAGAAACUGAAGCCAGAAUACCUGGAGGGACUUCCUGAAAUGCUGAAGCUCUACUCACAGUUUCUGGGGAAGCAGCCAUGGUUUCUUGGGGACAAGAUCACCUUUGUGGAUUUCAUCGCUUAUGAUGUCCUUGAGAGAAACCAAGUAUUUGAGCCCAGUUGCCUGGAUGCCUUCCCAAACCUGAAGGACUUCAUCUCCCGAUUAGAGGGCUUGGAGAAGAUCUCUGCCCACAUGAAGUCCAGCCGCUUCCUCCCAAGACCUGUGUUCACAAAAAUGGCUGUCUGGGGCAACAAGUAAUGCCUGGAAGGCCAGGAGGUGGGAGUGAGGAGCUCAUACUCAGCCCUCUGCCCAGGCUGUUGAGCAUAGCUGGACUCUGCAUCCCAGCACCUGCCUCCCCAUUCCUUUCUCCUGUUUAUUCCCAUCUUUACCCCCAAGACUUUAUUAUCCCCUCUUCACUUCCCCUAAACCCCUGUCCCAUGCAGGUCCUUUAAAGCCUCAGCUACCCACUUUUCUUCAUGAACAUCCCCCUCCCAACAUUACCCUUCGCUGCACUAAAGCCAGCUUGACCUUCCUUCCUGUUAGUGGUUGUGUCUGCUUUGAGGGGCCUGCCUAGCCCCUCGCCUGUGGAGCUCAGGCCUGAGCUGUCCCCGUGCUGCAUGAAAGAGCAGCAUUGACUGGUUUACAGGCCCUGCUCCUGUAACAUGACCCCUGCCUUAGGCCUUCCUGAUCAAAGUAAAGCCUCAGCCAC